ACGCUCACAGGUGUGAUUGCGAUUGCGCCCACACACACCACUCUCCGCCGAUUGCGCUCCCAACUUCCCAACUCGUCUUGUACUCUCGUGUCCGUUUCCAUUUCCAGGAUUUGGUCACAAACUGGCAUCCGAAAAUCGCCCAGGAUGGGGCAUGCUUGGCUCGACUCCCUCUCGGAGGACUGGCCCUCCCAGCCUGGUUCUCUAGCCUCCAACGCGUCACAGUUUGCAAACAAGUUGGAUAGCCAUCAGCGGUCACAGUCGCAGUCGCAAUCAAUAUCGAGACCCGGCACCGCUACCUCCCAAAGCAGGAAACCCCCCAAGACCCCUCCGAGUCGAAUCCCUAGACCGAAUUCGAAUCGAACGAGUGCCAACAACAGCAUCCUACACGAUGAUCGCGUCAACAGCAACACCGCUUCCAACGCUGCAUCGCGCCGUGGCUCGACCAAGUCCCUCGGGGAUAGAGUUCGCGACCGCCAACGAGCCAUUGACGCCCGCAGUCGCACCGCCUCCAUAGCCGAAUCCGUUCAGUCUGGCGGCUCCGUCAUCCACAACAUGAAUGGUUAUGAUUCGCCUGGGAGGAAACAGGAUACUCCAGAGUGGAAAAGACGUUUGGUCUAUCGCGAGCUUGACUAUGGCGAAGCACCCGACCUGUUUACUUCGGCCGGCGCAAUCCUCGAAUCCAUCUUCAAGCCACCACCUCCCCCUGCUGCUACGACCAUGGCCGACACCAAUCCGAAUUCGAAUGCGCGAAACGGCCGAGGUUUCGAAUCCCAGUACGAGUCGCAAGCCGAGUCCCAUGUCGAGAUUACACUACCAUCGAGCCCGCCAUUUCUAGGCAGAGAACGGGACCCUUCAACCGUCGAGAUACAUGUGGAAGAGUCUCUCCAAUCGCUUCCCCCAAUUCCUAAGGAGCCAGAGGAGGAAGUCGAAGAGGGGCAACAAGAACAACAACGGCGCAAAAUACCAGAAAUACGGUACAGACGCGCUACCGAUUCCAGUGCCCCCAGUCAAGGAUCCGAGUCCAGUUUCCGCGCUUCUACUACCCAGCAACAGACCUACCCCAAGGUCCGGUCGCGAACACCAUCCACCUCCGCUUCUUCCCAUCUCGGAAACCUCAGCGCUGGGUCGCGUCAGGCAAGCGGCCAGAGCGUCUUGCGCCAUGAGGAUUUCAGUCCGAUACUGCUCACCAUGCACGACGCGGGCGACGGCAACUCGAGUUUCGCGCCAGAAAUAUCCCCGGACGAGCUCCGAUACCGCCUCGAGACUCUUAGAAAGAAUCAGUUGCGCAUGGCCCGUACCGGCAGGAGCGAUUCCGGAGCUAGUGUCUCUGGGAAGAGCGAGUCUGGAAAGAGCGAGGCUGACGCUGCUGCGACUGGUGGUUCGUCAAGGAGUGACAACAAGGCAGGCGACACCAACAACACUUCCAAGGACUAUGAAAAGCUGGGAAGCUACAUCAACGUCAGAAGAGGUGGUCGGUCUGCCGACGGAUCGUUCCAGAACCACAUGUUGAGCUCAGCCUUGAACGAUAUCUCGGAGCUCAAUCCAGAGGAGUCUCUCCAAGCUAGCACCCCCAAGCGCUUUCCCUCUGUUAGGGUCGAGCACUGGGAUGACUACGAGCACGUCCCUGCACAAGUAUCUGGCAACAUCUCCGACGAAAUCUCGCCUCGCAGCAGACCUGCAUUUCCGCGAAUCCCCAAUCUCAGUGCGGCUACGAAGCGCGUGCCAUCUUCACAGCAAGGAGCCGGCAGCCCUUUGAAGCUCUUCCAGCCCUACGACACGUUCACCAGCGAGAUUCUGCAAAGACGGCUAAGUCAAUACCACAACGACACCCCGGGCGAGCAGGCUUCUUCUGGACAGCAGACUGGAGAUGAGUCUCCAGUAAACAUUUCCUACAUGGACUCUGGAGGCUAUCUAUCACCACCCAAGACCCACACGCGUCGAGGACAGGAGACCGGUCAACGCAAGGCGUCGGUUGCGGUGAACCACUUCGGAGCUGGGGUUUUGGACGGAUACGAGUUUCAGGACGAAUUCUCGUACCAGUCGGUUGGCGCAUCCGGUGUUGAGGGUGACAAGGAAAACCAGGGCCCAAAUGACGAUUCUCUGCCAGGACCCCCGAUCCCUGUCUUUGACUUCAGCCGUCCGUCCUCGCACUCUGAAGCCGACGCCGACGCCGACGCCGACGCUGAUGCAAGCAACUCUUCGGUGCGUAGGAAGCGCCAAAAGCCCGUUGACUCAGGUUCAUCGAAACGCCAUUCCAAGACGGGGUCUAGCUCGGCGCAUAAGAAGCGCCAUGCUUUCACCCAUAUUCCCGCUACGUUUGCCACCCCCAGCAAGCGACGAACAGACCCAGCCCCCGAGUUUAAGCGGCCGCGCACAUCUCCUUCAAAGGAUCCGACCCCUAAACGACGUAGGACUCUGCAUGAGUCGGACAUCGAGUUUGGACUGGAAGAUCUUUCUCCUUCUCCGGAAACGCAGUCCAUGAAGCUGUCAUACCAACAGAUACAGGCUACUAUUGAUAAGCGGCGCAAGGAAGUGCAUGCUGAAAAACGUCGCGAACCGGUUGAGCCUGGUACGCCCUCGGGGAAAGAUGUGCCAAGACCAAGCACGCCGACUCCUCUCCAGAGAUCGUCUCUUCAGAAGGAGGGUAAGAAGGGAAGGCCGCCCCUGACGGAGCUCAUUACAAAGUCAUCCAGUCGUCCUACUAGGCCGUCAUCCAAGGCGUCUUCUAAGGGUCGGACGCCCAAGAAACAUGGCGCACCAGGAUCGGCAAUGAACACCGACCGCAAACCUUCCAUCAAAACCGAGGAUUUCCUCAUCGAAGCCAACAAGAUCAUGGCCAUGAUCCGCAAGAACGCCGCCAGCGGUCUAACUAGUGUUGAGGAGUCGGAUGAGUAUGAUUCUCGCCAUGAUGCAGAUGGGGAGAGCUCCUAUGAGGAGUCCACCCAGGAAUCGUUCCUGCGUCCGCCCAGCCGCGAGGGACGCCCGCCUUUGACGCGCAGGUCAACCAAGCAGGAAGAUCCCGUCCUUGCAGAGCGUCUCAAGCAGUAUGAGGAAGCAAGCGAUAUGGGUGACAUCAUGGGCUCGUCUCUGCGCUCGGCUGCGCUGUACCGGCAAGGCUUUGGUACUGUACGUCAGGAUGAAAAGCAUCAUGCAGGCAAGAAGGGCGGACCUGUGUUGCCCGACUUUAGGGAAGACGGUGUUAUCAGCGACCCGCCAAACAUUCGCAUCUCCUGGAACCCAGCGCUUAAGACUAAGCUGUCGCAUGAGAAUGUUGAGGAUGGAAGGCAUACCCAGUCAGAGUCUGAUAACUACACGGGACGGUCAUCUCAUACCACCUCGUCCAAGGGCUCCGAUACCAGAAAGACCAUUGCGCCAGAAAGUGUACUGCAUCUUAUCCCAGAUCGAGUCGGCAACAUGGUGCUGGACAGGGAACGAAAUGUCUGGGUCAGGAAGCGGCCAUCUAACGGGUUUAUGGGCAGUAGACAAAACAGUUUCAUUGCCUCGGAGGUGAGCGAAGAUGACCCGUUCGCUGACAUUCCCGAUCUCACCGUGGACAUUACGGAGGAAUUGGAAAAGUUGCGGCUUACGACCAACCAACGGGGGCAGGAACAUGAGCAGGAACAUGAGCAGGAGCAGGAGCAGGAGCAGGGUGAUCUAGACUUGGACCAACCAUCCGACGUUGCGGCACCUUUUGGCGAUGACGAUUUCCUUAACUCGGAACCGCAGUGGCAGCCAACCGGGAGUCGCAGGGACUCUGACACGUCGAACCCUGGCAAGAAAAACAAGCCAACCAGCACUGACGAACAGCGCGACGCAAAGCCCUCGUUGCAGUCACAAAAAAACACGGGCACAGGUACAAGCACAGGUGUCGAUGUCGAACAUGAAAUUGGGAUUUACGAGGACCGAGUAAGCAAUACUCCACAAGCAGCCCGGCGCAGACAACUCACGAUCAGUUUCUCAUCUCCUAUUGCGUCUAUCAUCCAGGACAUCCAGGACGUAGCAGACGACGUUGACUCCGAUGCCGACGCUCCGAGCGCGCUAGGACUAACUGGUGGGGAGGGCAAUAAUAAGCAGCAGCGCAAGCGUAGCCUGCCACCUCUGCCGCCGAGAGGUUACACCAAACAGCAGCAACAGCAGCAACCUCAGCAACCGCAACCCCGAGGCCGCAGGGCCGUUUCUAUUUCCGCCUCCAAGCUCAGGAACGAAGUCGCGUCUGGUUCUGCGUCUAGGUCGCGCAGCCGUUCACGAGGUCCCCCGCGACACUUGUCUGUCAAAGGCCAGACGUACAUGGCAAGACCUGUUUCGAGGAUUGACGAGCAUGAUGAAGAGUCCAGCAAUGCUAAUAAGAACAGCCUCCGAUUUCAUGGUCAUGAUCAACCGUCCUUGUUGUCGCCGCAGCCUCAGGGUAUGGAACUGAGUAUCGUUGCUGCUGAAACGUCAAUGGUCAACCAAGAGGACCACGAAGCGCAACACAACAACAGCAUUUCUUUCCUUGUGGCAACACCCGCUCACCAUCUGAGACCAUGCUCCAUGUCCGGCACCGACCCGGCUCACAUCAUCAGCCAGUAUGUCGGCACCUUCUCCCUCAGCCCGCUAUCGGACUUUACCAUCCAUCCCCCGGACGAGUCGUCACUGGCCCUCGAAGCAAGUUACGUUAUUGGCAACCACCACCUCGUCACCGGCGACCACCACUCCCGCGGCCGCUCCAUGUCCAUGUCCACCCGCGACCUCGUGGCCAAGCUCACCGAAGUCGAGCCCUUCGAGCCCUACUGGGAAGACAUGCGCAACCUCUGCCUCGCGCACAAGCGUCUCGAAUCGCUGCACGCCCUCGACGCGUUCUGCGGCCGUCUCGAGUCCCUCGACGCCAGCCACAACGAGAUUAGGAACCUCACCGGCGCUCCGUCCACGACUCGCUUCCUCAAGAUGAUCAACAACCAGCUGUCAAGCUUGACGGCGUGGGGACACUUGAUCAAUCUGCAGUAUGUAGAUAUCUCGAAUAACCGCUUGACGAGCUUGAAUCCGUUCAAGCAAUUGGUGCAUUUGAGGGAGUUGAGGGUGGAUAAUAAUCGUUUGGAGAGCUUGGAGGGCAUCAAGUUCCAUGAUGGGUUGCAGGUGUUGAGGGCGAGGGGCAAUUGCAUUGAGGAGGUGGACUUUGAUGGGGCGAGGUUGGUGCAUCUUACCGAGCUGGAUCUGAGGGGAAACAAGAUCAAGACAGUGGUGAACCUGGACCAGCUUCCGGUCUUGAGCUCGCUGAACCUGGAAGGGAACCAGAUCGAUGUGUUUGAAGUUGGAUCACCAGCGGCUAUUACGUCUGGACCCAACUCCCCGGUUUCUGAGCACGGACAGGCGGUUUCGUCGCUGAGGUAUCUCCACCUCAACGACAACUGUCUGUCGCACCUCUCCAUCCACGCCCUUCCUCACCUCCGCCUUCUCCACGCCGACCGCAACCGCCUCGUCCGCAUCCACGGCUUCUCCCGCGCCCGCCACCUCGACUCGCUCUCCCUCCGCGAGCAACAAGGUCCCGAACCUCUCGACCUCGAUCAUCUUUUGUCUCGGGCCUACGAAGUCCGCAAGCUUUUCCUCUCCGGUAACUACCUAGGAAGCACCACCAACCCCAAGGGCGUCGAAGAGAGCGGUUUCAACCCCCGCAUCGACCUCCUCAACCUGCAACUCCUCGAACUUGCCAACUGUGGUCUCACCAAACUCCCCGUGGACGUCGGUCAAAUGAUGCCCAACCUGCGCGUUCUCAACCUCAACAUGAACGCACUUGAGGACCUCUCCCCCCUGCGCCACGUCCCCCGGUUGAAGCGGUUAUUCCUCAGUGGGAACAGAAUUAGGGAUCUCAGUUCACUGGUUGAAGUCCUUACCAACUUCUCCUGCCUCACAGCCGUUGACUUGCGCGGUAACGGACUGGUAAUGGGCUUUUACUCCCCCGUCCAAGAGCUAUGCAAAGGCGGUGCUGCUAGUCUCGGCAAGCAGAACCAGAACAAAUCGAGCAACAACAUGGACGAGGAGGCACAUGCACAAAAGGGACAGGAAGCAGAUGAUGGGCAGCAGGACGAACACGAGAAUAAGGACCAAUGGACUUUACCUUCGCAAACUCCCGCUUCCGACAAAGCCUAUUCAUCAAGACUUGAUCUCCAGACUAAGAUGCGGCGCAGGGUGUACGAUCAUUUGCUCGCUGAGAAAUGUUCGCGACUCAAAAAAGUGGAUGGUCUCCCUUUUGAUCGCCAAGACGUUUUGGGAAGGAGAGAUGAGGUUUGGAAGGCGUUGGUUGCGCGCGGGGUGUUCUCUAUCCCUAGUUCUACUCCCGUGCAUGCAGCGACGGGUCCAGCUACUGCUGCCCCCGCGAAUAAUAUGUCGGGGGUGCCAAAUGUCCCGGGAAUGCCUGGCCUCCCCACAGGCGCUUCCAGUUUCGGAUCAGCUGUUGGCGGCUUUGGAUUCGGCAGUCCCACUACUGUCGUCGGUAGCGACGCCGAGGGUCCUAAUGGGCAAGGUGGUCAUGGUGGUGGGAGGAGGCAGAGUAUGAGUCCUGUUGCUGGACGGGUUAAUGGGCAGUCUCAGUCUCAGUCUCAGUACCAACAGCAGUACCAACAGCAGUACCAACAGCAGCAGCAGGUGUUGCAUAAUGGAAGUCCGCUGAAUGGAAGGGGUCGUGGUGUCAAUGGAGUUAAUGGGCUCAGUGGAGGAGGAAAUGGAGUGUUGAGGGAAGUAGACAUCAACGCUAAUGGCGGGAUGGGCGGUCAUGGAGUGAAUGGCUGCCCCCCGAGCGGCGGUAUGGGACAUGGACAGGGGAGCGGAAUGCAACAGAUACAGAUGAGUGGAAUGGGAAUGAAUCAGAGAGAAAUGGAAGAGAGGGUGAGGCAGAUGCAGAGAGAGAGGGAGGAGAGGUGGUUGGCGGAGGCUAGAUAGCUUCGCUGGUUGAGUCAGUGGUUCUUUCUGUCUGUCUGUCUGUCUGUCUGUCUGUCUGUUGGGGAAAAUGUUUAACGAAGCGAGCGAGCAUGAAUUUGUCAUGAAAUGGUCAUGACCUGUCAUGAUUACGAAAAAGUUUUUUCUGUCUGGGUUAGCUGGUUGGUUGGCUGGGUUUGUUCCUUUUUUUCCUUGUUCUUUUUGUCCUGAAUGGUUUUGACAAGCAAGGAGUUAUGAUGCGUGCAUAGCAACGGUUUUUUUUUGGUAUGGUUUACGGUGCAUGGACUUUUUUUUCCUUCUGUUGGAAUUACGGGUUAUGGCUAUAUAACUCUCGGCGGCUUUCGGCUUCCAGGUUCUUUCUUAUUUCAUGAUGGGAUGGGAUGGGAUGGACG